AUGGGACACAUCUUCGCCGAAUUGCAAGUUCCAGGUGGGGCUACCUCAUUUCCGAAUCCCUGUGUGGACUUAACACGUAGUGUUUUACAGUAUUUUUUCUAUAAUCUAGUUGAUGAAUCGGAAGUACACAAGUAUGGACGUCCGCAAACUGCCACAAACGAGACACUCUGGCAGAGGGCUGUGCGAGAUAAUCCGUUGCCAUCCAGGCUUGUUCUGGCUCAUGCUAUCGGUUUCGAAGAUCUCAAAAAGAGGAUCGCCGCUCAGAAGGCACAAACUGAAGCACAACUUGCGGGGAUGAAAAUGCUAAAACAAGAAAUCAAUAAAAUGACUGAGGCACAUGUGCUCAAGACGUCGCCACGACUGUCCACACUCUCCCACGCGCAGGCAGACCUUCAAUCACGGAUCACUAAACUAGUACACCACCUCCACCUUUUCAUACCAUCCAUACGGUCAACACCUAUACAACAAGAUGAGGAACUUUUACGAAGUAAGCUGGAGUCUAUCGAAACCGAGUUAAGAGGCCCUGGGGGGUUGGGAAGAAUAGGAGGACGAGUCGGGGAGCUUUGGGGCCUGGUUGGGAGGGUCAAGGCGUCGAGAGAAGCCGGGAAAACUUCGCUAGAUCGCGAAGGGGGCUGGGCUGUGAUCGAUGAGCGAGCCUUUGAGGAAAUCAAAUUGAUUCUGGCGGAGGAGCAACAUGGGCUCAAGUUCCUUACAGAGCUACUUCGGACCGCACUUGAGGAUAUUAGUCGGAUACGAGGGGGUCUGGAGGAUUUGACUGUAACUUGA